AUGUGGAUGUUGCGGAUGGAAAAACACCCCGGAGAAGACAAGACAUGCGAGCUGGAGCAACUCAGCGGUGCCAGGCCAGGUGUGCGUGUCCGUCGGUCCUUCUGUGCCUGCGCCGGAGACCUGCGGAGGAUGUCCGGGCCCGUCCCUGUGCCCGGCACCAUGAAGCAGGCAUCCGCAGCCCAGGACACCUCACCUGCCUCGCCGCCCGCCUCCCCGCCCGCGCAGCCCCCGGUGCUGUGGAUUUUCGGGUACGGCUCCCUGGUGUGGAGGCCCGACUUCGCCUGUAGCGACAGCCACGUGGGCUUCGUGCGCGGCUACAGCCGCCGGUCCUGUCAGGGAGACACCUUCCAUCGGGGCAGCGACAAGAUGCCUGGCCGAGUGGUGACCCUUCUGGAAGACCAUGAGGGCUGCACUUGGGGCGUGGCAUACCAGGUGCGAGACGAACAGGUGAGCGAGGCUCUGAAGUAUCUGCAUGUGCGGGAAGCAGAGCUCGGUGGCUAUGAUACCAAGGAGGUCACCUUCUGCCCCCAAGAUACCCCUGACCAACCACUCAAGGCAUUGGCCUAUGUGGCCACCCCACAGAACCCUGGGUACUUGGGCCCUGCACUGGAGGGGGCCAUUGCUACACAGAUCCUGGCCUGCCAGGGCUUCUCCGGCCACAACCUUGAGUACUUGCUGCGCCUGGCAGACUUCAUGCAGCUCUGUGGGCCCCAGGCACGGGACGAGCACCUGGCAGCCAUCGUGGAUGCUGUGGGCACCAUGCUGCCCUGCUUCUGCCCCACCAAGCAGGCGUUGGGACUGGUGUGAGGGGCUGAGCCCUGCAGGGAGUGCCCACAUGGACAUGGGGGCCAGGUGCCCACGCCUGUGCACACAGACAGACUUGGUACAGCUGGAGCCCACUCAGGGGACUCAGUGGGCAGCGAGGGCCCCUCUCCCCAAGCCCCUGCCUGUCCAUCAGUCUCCAGCUCUCUCCUGCCUGACAUUGACUUACUACUUGAAACUAUUUAUUGCACCAUGUUGGUGUGAUGGGCGGAGUGGGGGGCCUGCCCUGGACACAUGGGCCCUGCUGAGCGGUGUCCCGUCCCUGAUUCCCCUCAGUGCUGCUGCUAACCCCACACCAUCCAGACCUCCCCCUCCCCCUCCAACUCCCUAAUCCCCAAACCAUUCCCUGGCCCCAGAAAUACCACCCGCUGUUAAGGGACACGAGGGAGUGAGGGGAUGGGGCCCUAAAGGAACUGAGGCCUCUUUCAGCCUGUUCAUCCCCCAGGCCCCCAGGGCAAAGCUAGAUAUGGAGCUGGGCCUGAUCUCUCACCCACUUGGCUUUGUUCUCCUGUCCUGUCUGUCUGUCUGUGCAGUCCUAUCUGUCUGUCUGUUUAUUCCUGGGAAAUUGAUCACUAGGCCCUGGUGCCAUCCCAUCUGUCCCUUACUAUUACCCACAAACUGAUGUCUUAUUA